CAAGGGACAUUCCUAUAGGUUUGGUUGGGUCAAUGUCCAUGAUCACAGUGAUUUAUUGCCUGAUGGCACUCUCGCUGAGUAUGAGCAGAAAUACACAGCAAUAGACACUGGUGCUGCAUUCUCAGUUGCAUUUCAGCAUGUGGGGAUGAAGUGGGCAAAGUAUGUGGUGGCUUUUGGAGCCCUGAAGGGAAUGACUGCAGUGCUUCUGGUGGGGAGAUUGGCACAGGCACGUUAUAUUACUCAGAUUGCACGAUGCCACAUGAUCCCACCAUGGUUUGCUCUUGUGCACCAUAAGACCGGAACCCCAAUAAAUGCUACAUUGUUGAUCACCAUUGCAAGUGUCAUCAUAGCUUUUUUCACAGGCUUGAAGGUGCUGUCAAGCUUGAUAUCUGUGAGCACACUCUUCGUCUUCAUGAUGAUAUCUAUUGCCCUUCUGGUGAGGAGGUACUACGUCAGAGGGGUCACACCAAGGGAGAACCUGUUAAAGCUAGUUAUCUUCUUGGGGCUUAUCAUUGCUUCUUCAAUGGGAAUUUCAGCCUACUGGGGGCUGAGGCCGAGGCCUAAUGGUUGGUUUGGAUACACUGUGACUGUUCCUGUUUGGUUCUUGGCAACUCUAGGGAUAUCAUUGUUUUUGACUCAGCAGAGGGUGCCAAGAGUUUGGGGGGUUCCACUUGUCCCAUGGUUGCCAUCUUUGUCAAUUGCAACAAAUGUAUUCCUGAUGGGGUCUUUGGAGUAUGAAGCCUUCAUAACAUUUGGAGCGUGCACAGUGGUAAUGCUGAUCUACUAUUUUCUCUUUGGACUUCAUGCAACUUAUGAUAUGGCUCACCAACAAGAAAAGCUGCAAUCAAAAGUUGAUCACAGAGAAACCAUCAAGAAUGAAGGGCCAUAGACAUUGCGCAUUUGUUUUGAGCAUUUUGAAUUAGAUUUCCCUCACGCAAACCUGUUCCACAAUUUACAUGAAAUUAUUCAUGCUAGUAACCAUUGAAUAGUUGAAUAAAAAAAUGCAGGUCAUAUUACUCAACAAGAAUAGAAGAAUUGAAUAAAUAAAGAAGAAUCAUGUUUCAAUUGAUUCGUACUUGCACAGUGUAUUUUCUCUAAAGGUUAUCCAAUGCAAGGAGCAACAUGGGCAAUAAACAAUUCUACAGAAAUAGCAGAAAAUAGAUAAAGGUUUUUUAAUAAAAGUGUUUACGAUAUCAAUAUUCAACAUUUCAGCUCAGACACGGUUAACAUCACUAAUAAAUGUUUUCCCCGCAUCAUAAACAAAUUGCCAACAUUUGAUACCAAAUAUAUCACAGCCCAAAAACGGUUGCACUUUGGACAAAUUACUGUAUUUACUGAAAGACUCGGAAAGAAUGCUUCAAUAGCAUACAUAGUUCUCUCAAAAGCUUCGCGUACCACUAUCAAAUUCAUCAUACCAAUUACCAGAGAAUACUUUUGACAGAGUACACUGUACUGUGGAAAAAACCGAAGGCUAUAAUCAGCUAAAAAAGCUUUUAGAAAUCAAGAAUGAAUUACCAAAACAAAAUUUGCUUAUUACUCAUUAUACAACAAGAGUAGAGAACGUUUAAGAAAAUUAAAAUACGCAUGAAAUGACCAGAUAAACAACAAUUGUUGAUACUUUGACUAUUGGUUUCAUUCCUCACAGCCCCACAAUUUUUCUCACUCAAUCAUCAUCUACGACUGUGAUAGAUAACUAUGGAACUAUCGUAUUUUUAUAGACCAAGCAUCCUAGACCAAUUUGAAAAAAAAAAAAAAAA